AUGUCAUCGUCCGUCACCGCCGCCGCCCUGCGCGAGUUGCACCGGCUGCACAGCCAGCUCUCCGACUUGCGGGGGCGGCUCGACCGUGGGCCGAAGCAGAUCACCGCCCACAAGGGGAGCGUCGCUCAACUCGAAGCGGCCCUCGACGCCGCGAAGGCGCUGUCGCUCGACACCCGCAAGGCCGCCGACCGCAAGCAGCUGGACGUGAAGGCCCAGGAGGACAAAAUCGCCAACUGGGAGAACCAGCUCAACAGCGCCAAGAGCAACAAGGAAUACCACACCUUUCAGGAACAGAUUGCCGCGGCGCGGAUGGCGGCUAGCGUCCUCGAGGACGAGACGCUCGAACUCCUCGGCCGCAUCGACGAGACCGCCGCCGAAGUCCACCGUCAUGAGGAACGCCUCGCCGCCGGCCAAGCCGAACUCAAGAAAGUCGAGGCGAACGUCGCCGCCAACACCGAAGUCCUCAAGGCAGAGGUGGCUCGUCUCGAAGCCGACCUCGCUGUCGCUGAGAAAGCCCUGCCGGAUGACUUCAAAGCCGACUACCGCCGCGUCGUCGAUCGCAAAGGCGCCGAGGGCCUCGCCCCCUGCGAAGACGGAAAUGGCGUUCACCCCGCGAAAGCCAUUCACCACUCCGUGGAUGGCGAGCCGUGA